CAACAGUCAACAACAGCAACAUCGAUGGUCAACAACAGCAACAACAACAUCGAUGGUCAACAGCAACAGAACUGAAACAACAGCAACAACAACAGAAACAACAACAAAAACAGCAACCACAAGAACAACUGAUGAAACCAGACCAGAAUCAAAACACUCGAUCACCCUGCGACUAUCUCUCUUCCUAUUACUCUUGGCCACCCUAUUCGGAUAUCGAAGACUAUUGAUUGGCUGUUUACUACUACUGGUCUACUCGAUCGGAAUAGUCAUCCUCUUCAACCUCGGGCUCUCGUACUGGCUUCACCCCCAGCCAGCUGAUGAUUCAAUCGAUCAGAAGAAAAAAUCAUUGUACCACCGUCUCAACUUCUCAACACCAGCUGCCUAUUCAGCCGCCUUGAUCAAAAACAGCUGGGAAACUCAUACCGAAUGGCGUCAGGAACCACUACACCCAUCCCUCCAACCUAAGACCACGGCUGUACUGGACCGGCUGAUUGCUAAGAUCAUCAGAGAUUUUGUUUGCAAGUGGUAUAAUCAAAUUUCACCACCCAGUCACACUAACAUCGAACCAUCAUCUGGUGCUCAACAACAAGAAAAAUUCGAAUCUAACACUCCCACCGACAUCUUCUCAUCCCCCGCCUUCCCGCUCGCUGUUGAGAAAACUAUCCGGCAUUCACUUCGGAUCUUAUUCGAUAGGUUUGGAAAGAUCGACUUGGCCAACCUGAUCAUCCACAAGAUCUUACCCAUUCUGACCACUCACGUCGAAGCUUUCAGACAAGCCGAAUACGAUCUCAGAGGUGGCGCCCUGCCCGUCCACGACCAUUCGCGUCGAUCACGAAAUGAGUCUAGGGGUCGUCUCUAUCGUGCCUUCUUCAGCUCGGGGAACGAUGAAAUCGAUCUGCUUCUCUCCCGCCUUCAUGCUGAUGUACUACGCCGCAAGAGUCAAGAGGCUGAGCACAACAGUCCUUCUAACUCGGGUGAAGAGCGCCUCAAACCCUCCAGCCGGCUUCAUCCGGCCGUCGACGUGCCCACUCCCAAUUCACAAUCAUCAGAACAAGCCCAUCUUCGCAAGCUGCUUGAACUCCUUCUCCCGCUCAUCCUUCCACCCUCAGAAUCCAAGAGUGUCGCCGUCAAAUCGUUGGUGGUUGAGUUACUGGCCUGUUGUGUGAUCACACCGGUGAUCGAGAUGCUUUCCGAUUCAGACUUUUGGAACAAUUUGAUUGAAGAAAGGGCUGGUAACGUGAUUCGUGAGCAACGGAUGGUCGAGCAAUUCAGGCAGGUCUUGGAUCGCCAGCUCUCAUUUGUUACGACCUCUUCCUCCAAGAUGGAAAUAGGUGGGACUAGCUCGAGUGCCAGUCCUUCAAUCAAACCCGUUACAGGUUCGGCCGGCCAAACCAACCAGUCCAUCCAACCGAUCCCCACGGCAAAACAGAACGGAAUCCCUGAUUAUGAGUUUACCUCAACCGAAAGCAUCUCAAUCAGAAGUACUGCCAAAGAAUUUGAGCGAUUCUCGAGAUCAAUCCAACGUUGUAAUACUCUGUUUGAUGUUAGGCGGUUAAAAAAUGAUGUAGAAACUCAGAUUCGCAAGGCGGAGGCCGAAUUGGUCGGUGGCUUCGACCCAGAGCAAGUAGACAAAACCCAGCAAUCUGGUAAUUUUCACGAGUCAGCCAUCAACCCUAAUCUACCACCGAUCAAUUCUCGAAGCGACUUGACCAAGUUUCUUGAACGGCUUUCUGCUGCCCGAGAUAUCCUGGACCAUCGACUUGCUGAGUUGGGAGGGUUGAGUGGACCAGUAACCAAUUCCUGGCCAUCUGAAACGGCAGGAUGUGCUGAGCCCAAUUCGUCCAACUCGCUUAGGACGCUUGAAGCACUGCAUAAGCUCCAGCCCAGUCGGAGCCCCAGUCAAAUCCUUCAGGAAAUAUUGAGAGACAGGGAAAGUCCUGCACUUUCUUAUUUCACCGAGUUCAUGGACCGUCGUCAACGUGUGAAACUCAUCCAAUUCUGGCUCGCCGUUGAAGGCUUGAAAAAUCCACUGGAGGAAGAACCUCUUUCCAAUGCCGAUAGCAAGUCUGUCAAGUUACCCGGUAGAUCCGUUCCAGCCAAGUCUUAUGCGUCCUCAACUCACGAAGUAGCAGGAGGGACAAGUCAACUUCCCGAGCGCGACUUGGACGCCAUGAAGGCUGACAUCCAAGCAAUCGUCGAAAUCAACUUUUCGACGGUUGAAGCCACAGAUUUAUUAGGACUCAAGCAGACCGAAGUUUUACCGUUACUCAGCUUUCUUUCACCCGAGCUCGCCCAAAGUUAUCAAUCGACUAUCUCCACUCGAGCUGCCAUCGUACAGUCCAGCUCGACAAACAACAAGAUCUAUUUUGUCACAGAGGCCCGUGCUGCCCUGUUCGCGAUGCAACGUAAGGUCUUUGACCUCAUGUUGGCGGAAGAUUUUCCUGCGUUUGCUGCCGCUGGAGAUUUGUACCUCAGAGCUACCGCCUCCCUGUGUCGUGGGAAAUCGUCGAGUGGAUCUGCCGCAUCACCUGCAGGGCUGGUUACCAGUGAAUCUUUCCCUAAUCUCAUCGAUCUCAAGUCCUCCAACUUCAAAGGUCGCCACGGCUCCUCGCUCUCCCAUAAAUACUUUCCUGUCACUAAGCCUCAGCAUCUGUCGGACAUUGAUUCCUCGCGCCCUAAUCUAAUGGCCGGCCUGAUGGGAUCAGAAUAUAACGAAUCGGUUGGUAAGAAGGACGGGCCGUCUGCAAUGAUCCGAUCCAAGUCUUUCAACGGCUCUCUUCCUUCCAUAGAAUCACAUUCGGGCCCCAAAUACAAUUGUGACAGUCCUGAUUCAAUCACCUCUCCUGAUGCUCUCACGCCCGCCAGAAAAGGAAGCACUGGGAUGCACAAAUCGAAUCCAUCUACUUCAAGUAUCAUCCACACCGUCUUGCGAUCUACGGCAAGUGAUAUGAACAAGUAUAAUCGUCGGAUUGUUCCUUCGCCCGUUCCGCCCCAAGUGACGCUUCAAGAAGCGUUUGAUGAACGUCUGCCAGGUGAACGCUUGUCCGGCCCAACUCACUACGACCAGCACAUGCUUUCGCUGUCCAACUAUACCUUCCCAGUUCAUUUGCCCUCUUCUCAAUCCUCCAGCAAGUUCCAGCCGGUCCACCAAAUCCAGCCGGCCAAGUUCCAGAUGUCUCCUAGUUUAGAUUUCCUCAUUUCCCCCUGCAAAGGCGAUCGGGCACCCCUCUUCGGCGACGAUUUAAGCUUCUCCAUCCGCAAUGCCUCCUCGGCCCGACCUCUCAGUCUCCUCUCGAACUUGGACGUUCAGAAAACCACCAACGGUGAUCUGAAGUCUGGUCAUCUAUCACAGUCCACCUCCCGCGCCAAUGGUGCGAAGCCUAGAAAACGCGACCCGAUAAUGUCACCGGAUGCAAACCUUGCGUUACAAGAAGCCCUCUCAUCGAUCAUCUCGACGUCUGACCAGAGUCCUAGUCUGGGAUCAGUCGAACUGCCACACAGCUCCUCGACUAGCCUCCACAAGGGAAAGUAUCGCUCGUCGUGCUCAAGCCUCUUGGGGGAUGAAAGCGGAAGCACCUUAGAUUGGUCACUCGAUACUCGAGACCGACGGCUGAAUGGCGACCUCGCUAAGCCGCUCUCUCGCUCGACUCCGAGCUCACCAGUCUCGAAGCCCUCACAACGGAAGGGACUUUUUGACGACGACGAGGAUGAUGAAGAUGACGUUGAUGACGAGGAAGAUAACCUGCUGUUGUUCGAGCCUAACAAACAGGCACCAUCGAAGCGCAGGAAAAAGGCCGGCCUCCACCGGGAGAUUGCGGCUAGCUCGCGCCCAAUCCAAGGCUCAUCAACGGCCGUCACGAGUGUUGCGGAAGCCGAUGAGCGGAUCAUGAAGCUCGAGAACGAAUUGACACUCUUGUCAACGCUCAUCCGCCGGGCCGAGCUGACCGGGAACAAGCUCGAGAUCCGCCUGGUUAGAAAGUCCAUCGAGUCUGUCGGCAUGGAGCUCUCCGAGGUGAUCUAUCGGAAGACCCGGUUAAUCCAGCUCAAGGAACUCGCCCUCGGCGGCUUCCGUGCCAAGCUUGUUCCUGGUAGGGUCAAGCUCUCGAUCACCGGUACUACCCUCGGUGGACAUACUCCUCAACAGACUUCUGGUAAAGAUGAUCUCCAGGCGGGACUCUUUGGUGUACUAUCGCCUGAGAAGAAGACUAGCACGGGUCAACAGCAAGAAUACGUUUUGUAUAAGAUAGAGGUCCACAAGCUAGCCGAGGAUGGAAGCUUCGGAUCCGGCUGGAUCGUCUAUCGUCGAUACAGUGAAUUCAACCGACUCAACCAGGCCCUUAAGGCCCUCUAUCCUAUAUCAAGACAGCUCGAAUUUCCGGCUAAGCUCUUUGGUUUGGGCCUUCCUGCUACCACGGGCCUCGGCUUUGUCUCCGUCAACGUCCUGCCCUCCACCGUAGCUAAUCUUCAUAACUUCGGAUCCGCUCAUACUAAUAAAUCUAAUCGUAAUCAAACUUUGAUCGAGCAGAGACGCUUGGGUCUCGAACGGUAUUUAAAGUCCUUAAUCCAGAUCCCAGUGCUCUGUGAAAGUCCUGAACUGGCGAAAUUCUUAUCCCGAUCGUCGUCAACAAAUAACAAUAAUGGCCAGGAUCGAUCGGGGUUAGGAGGGACUAAAACAGGCGACGGAGGAGGAGGAGGAGCAGCAGGUGGGAUUGGGAUCGGGAUGGAUUCAAUGACGCGUUUGAAGAAGCAGGUCGAGUUUUUCUCCAACACCUCUAGCUUCGUCCGUUCAAUCUACAAGGCCAUUGUUACUGGAAGCACGACCAGUCCGCCGGGCGAUUCGAGCGUCGAUGCAUCCGGAUCACGGGUCUUUUUAUCUGACCCCCACCAACAACAAGACCAAUUUGUUCUCCCAAUCUCCAACUCUUCUUCCAACGUUGGCCCUCAAUCCCUCCCCCUCUCCCCCACCUUCUCAUUCUCCUCUCAGUUCUUGCUCGACUGCUUCCUCAAAGGGUCCCACAAGAACGCCCUGAAUCCUGUUCAUGAUGAUCCUACUGCGGAUCAUCAUCGUCAAGUCAGAACCGGUCAUAAAAAUAGCGACUCGAUCGAGAUUAAGGAUCUUCGGAAGAAGAAAACCAAGAAAGAUUCCCCAACUCAACAUGAAGAACAUGAGGAGGAAGAAGAGUUGGAAGAGGAAGGCUACGGGUUUGGGACAACAGAUGAUAGACUGAUCGAUCUCUCUCAGACUUUUAAAGCCUUCGAUGGCGAACUUAUUACCCCAUUCACUCAACCUAUUUCGACCUUUCUCAUCGAAAUCUUCGAUCUCAAUGAUCAUCAUCAAUGGCUUCGUAAGCAGGGUAUCGUCAUCAUUCUACAACAGAUCUUGGGCGGGACGAUCGAGAGGAAGUUUAGAGAAUCAGUGGCAGAAUUGUUGGAUGAUGAACACCUCUCUCAACUGAUUUGUUCGCUGGAAAACUCACUCUGGUUCCCAGAAGAUGACGACGAUCAAGAGAAAGCAGGCAGUUUGAGAGCGGGGGGACCUAAGACGCGAUCGAUUGAAGAGAAACUGAUGACUUGUGAAGGUGCUUAUCGGAAACUUUCGGCUAUCAUUCCCGAUUACGCGGCUAGUAUCCUCGGCAGAUCAAAUGCUAGAUUGGCUACUAGAAGAUCUUUCUCUAUGCUUCAAAAUCGUCGACUUAAUAAACAUUUGAUUUACACUAUCUUGGAUGAGAUUAUUAAAACUUUGUUUCCUGAAUUAAUUGGUUCUUUGUAGUCAACAAGAUGUACAUAAACAUAUGUAAAAUGGUUCUGUAUCAAUUUUCUUUUGGUGUUUUUGUUUCUCAUUAUUAAAACAGAAAACAGCCAACUUUUGUUUGUUUAAAAUUACCUAUCUUAUUAUUUUGAAGGGUUAUAGUUGGAGAGCGAUCUGUCCAUGCAAUCCGC